CUAACUCUGUGAACUCCUCAUCGUGCUUUCUGGAACUAAAGUGUUUGUUCCUACCCGGACGUCAAAGGUUGUUGCACAGUGAAUACAUUUUCGUUACGUUCCCGUUUUCCAAUGGAUUGACAUCAGCCAUCAGAGAUGCUGCUGAAAGAUCUGCCCAGGGAGGCCCUGAUGCGGCCGUUGUCUAGGAAUGAAGUGGUUGGCAUGUUGUUCAGGUUGACCGUCUUUGGUGCCGCCACGUACUACAGUAUCAAAUGGGUCUUAGAUGCAAUGGAUCCUACCUCCAAACAGAAAAACCAAGCCAAGAAGAGGGCAGAGCAGCUGAUGAAGAGGAUUGGUGUUGAGGGGGUCAGACUUACAGAAUAUGAGAUGAACAUUGCAUCUCAUCUAGUUGAUCCACAAACUAUGAAGGUAUCCUGGAGAGAUAUUGCAGGUCUGGAUGAAGUUAUCAAUGAGCUUCAAGAUACAGUCAUCCUGCCCUUUCAGAAGAGACACCUUAUGGCGAAUUCCAAACUAUUUCAGCCCCCCAAAGGUGUUUUAUUAUUCGGUCCUCCGGGCUGCGGUAAGACUAUGAUUGCCAAGGCAACUGCCAGAGCGUCGGGAUGCAGGUUUAUCAACCUUCAGGCCUCCACGCUGACUGACAUGUGGUACGGCGAGUCACAAAAGCUGACUGCGGCAGUCUUCUCGUUAGCUGUCAAAAUUCAGCCUUGUAUUAUCUUCAUCGAUGAGAUUGAAUCAUUUCUAAGGAAUCGCUCCAGCAUGGACCACGAGGCCACAGCCAUGAUGAAAGCCCAGUUCAUGAGCCUAUGGGAUGGCCUGGACACCUCAUCAACCACCCAGGUUAUGGUGAUGGGAGCCACGAACAGGCCGCAGGACCUGGAUCCAGCCAUUCUCCGCAGGAUGCCCACAACUUUUCAUAUCGGCUUGCCGAACACAAGGCAGAGAGAAGACAUCCUGAGACUCAUCUUGGCAGGAGAAAACCUGAGCAACGCAAUAAAUCUGAAGGAGAUUGCUGAGAAGACAGAAGGCUACUCUGGGAGUGACCUCCGGGAGCUCUGCCGCGACGCUGCCAUGUACCGAGUACGGGACUAUGUCCGCAAGGAGCAGAUGAGGCAGAUCGCUCAGCAGCUGCAGGACUGCCAGGAGGAGGAAAGACCUGUGGAUGAGGAGCGGUUGCGACCAGUCACUCAGCUGGACCUCCUCUUCGGCCUGGACAAGAUGAAGGAAUCAAAGAAAGCCACAACCUUCAUGCUACCCAUCGUAUCAGAGGUUGCUCUGGAUUAAACACCAUCUCUGGACCACUGAGGAAAAGCGAAUUCUUCCAAGCUCUGUCCGCAGUGUGUUCCAACUUGCCAAGCUGAGACUCUGAGAGUGUUAGAGGUGUAGUUGAAAAAGGCAGCAGACAGACAUGCUUUUCUUAAACCUAGUUUCCCAGACAGGGAGUUAUUCUGAGCAUGCUUAUCUUAAAGGACACACGUCAUGUGUACAGUUACAACAUAUUUAGAGUCAUGAGGUCAGUCUCCUUUGAAAAGCACGCAAGGGCACUGUGACAGCUUGUUUCAGAAGAAUACAAAGCAAAGACCAUUUUAAAAUCACCAAAUGAUGAUGAUAUGAUGAUGAUGUUUGGGAACUUCACUGUGUGUUUUCAGAUGAAGGUAAUCCUUCGAGUUCCAAAUCAGCUUUUACACCAAUCUUUGAUCUUUGGGGGAGUUAAAAAGAGCAACCAUCUAAAUCACUGUACAGUCAUAUUAUCCCAACACUCUGGAAGGAACAUUUCAGCUUCACUUUGAUGCUGUUGAGUCACACACAGCGCAUGCUCUGCAAAAGUUCUUAUAUGAUAGCAAAGUGUCCAGCAAACACUAGGAAUUUUAGCCUCAGGAGUAGCAGUGUCCAGAGAAAGAGGCAGGGUCAGACAGUUGUGCACGCUCUACUGCAUUACUCUUUAAAACAGAAGAUUUACGUUUUACUAUUGGAAAUCAAUUCCACUUCCAUUUUGCAACCUGUGUCGUCUUUAUUGAUCCCUGUCAGAUGAUAAUGGAAGUAACUGUCACUUUGUUUUGGUUGAUGUACUCAUAUUUCACAUUUUAUUUUCCAAUGGCGAAUUAACUUUUUUUGUUGUGGUUGUUGUUUUGGGGGUUUUGUUUUUGUUUGUUUUAGGUGGUUGGUUGCAUCCUUACCUUGGAAAGUAAGACGAGAAUGCAUAUACCUCAUUUGAUCCUGUAGUUAUGUAUUACUCAUGUACAGUUGUUGCUCCCAAGGAGCAUUUUGAAGAAUAUUUCAUUUGAAAUUAUUUAAGAUAUAAAUGUCUACUGCAUGUUUUUAGAUGUAAAAUCAGCUCUUCUGUAAAUGGCAACAAAUCAUGGUGUAACUGUAAGGUUCACAGGCAUUUGGUGAUGGAAUAUAAUUUUGUAAUUUGGCCGCUGCGCACCACCACAGUGGGUUUGAAAGCACUGGUGAUGUGAUUAGAAUUGUAGAAUUUCAGGUUUAACUGAGAGUUGUGCAACAGUGUUGCAAAACUAUUUUAAAGCCAUUUUAAUGUGUUCAUUUCCAAAAAGUAGGAGUAGCUGGGAUAUUUUUUCUUUCAUUUACAACAGUUAUUGCACAUUUUUAAACUCAAGCCUAAAAGAAACCUUUUUAUUCUUGUGAAGAAAAUGCCUGAGCAUUUGGUCGUGGGGAUUGCUUCUACACACACUGACCUCAUUACUUGAAAUUAUGGCCAUGUUUGAUGUUUUCAUCCAGUUCUGUGGCAUUAUAACAAAUAAUAGGUCCUCUUUAAAAGCACACUCAUGGCCUCACUAUUUCUCGCCAACAUCACACUCUUAACUUCUGUUUUUCAGUCCUUUCUCCACUCCUCUUACCUGCCCUCUUUUCUUGUGAAUUAGGUAACCUUAGCCUGCUCACUGAGGAGGACGACUAAACGAAACGUGAGUCUAAGACAACAAAGAUCUCUCGUGGCACUGUUAGAGCAGUCCUACAAGUGGACAAUAUUACCUCAGUAAACAGACUUUUGCUUCUUUUGGAUCUGCCAGUCCAAAGAGUAGCUGAGGGCAAGUGGCACAGUUAUCGCGUUGUUUUAAAAACCAAAACUUUGUCAAGCUUUUGAGAAAGCGCCAGCAACUGGAGCUCCUGAACCCCAAACACAACCUUCACUCUUCUCUAAAAGCAAUCUUUGUCUGUGUGUUGUUAUUUACAAGGGACUCUGACAUGUCUGAAUGCAAAUUGCAAAGCACUUACUUUUCAUGUGGAACGAGGGUCACUGUAAUAGAAAAUACAGCUGUAGUGACGAGUGAUGUGAUCCAGGAGCAGCAAUAAAAGAAGAAUAAUGACCAUAAUCAUCAUCUUGUAAAUAAAAGUAGGAAUGUAUUUAAUUGUUGGAUCAACAGUCCGUCCUUUUCAGUAGAUCUGUGGUUUGUAAAACUGGAAGCAAAAUGUUGGGUUGGAGUUGAGGCCAAGAUUGAAUAAAGCUGAAUGUGAUGUAUUCCCCUUCAGUGCUGUUUUUAUGCUGCUUUAAUGUCUUUUUAUCGUUUCCUCUUCAACCCAGAAAAAAGGCCACGAUGAUUUCUCCUGGUUAAUUUAGCCAUUCGUGCUGGUAAUGUGAGACUUGUCGGACUAUCAUUAGUGAGAUCCUAUUAUGGUGAUCAUUUUCAUGUCCUGUUCUGCGCAUUAUUUAAUCAAGCAGUGACAGCAGUUUUCAUCCACUGAACAACACAUCCAGGUUUUCUGUUGUCAGUUACUUUAUGGAGAGCAUGGUUUUCACAUCCAAAUGCUUCCCAUCAGCUGUCAGUAGGAAGUUGUGUCAAGCUAUUCUGACUCCCCUUUGUAUCAAACUCGUUUUUUUGCCGUAUGCUCACAGCAUGUGUUUAUUGAUCUAUCUGUGGGUCUCGUACAGACCUCCUUCCCACACAGUCUGAGUAGGCCAGGGUAUAUUUGCCACUAAGCCACAUGGUGGCACAGUAUCUUCACCAUGUUGUUACUGAAGCAGUUGUUACCGACUUAUUUUUAUUUAGAACAGUUUUAUAACAUUAUGGUAGUACAAUGAAACGGAGAAAGUGGUUUGUUUCUCCCUCAUUGGUUUAUCUAGUGAUAGUUGGAUAUGUGUUGCUUUUGCUUGGAGCGCCUCAGGUGACAGUUAAAGGUCAAAAUGUUGCCAUGUGAACCAGUUAUUGUGUCAGUGCUGCUUGAGCAUCUUAGUUGCCUUUCGGGGAGAAAGGUGGCACCGAUCCAAAUUCUUUCCGUUAGUGCAAUAUCACAGCAGAUCCUUCGUCAGUCAUGUUGCAGAAACGUGCAUAUGUGUGUAUGCCGAAUAUGAAAAAUAUCUUUAGUUACCCUGAACAUAAAUAAUAUCUGUUGUCGACCAGCAGUUCCAUUGUGUUUCUCUUUUAACAUAAGCAUAUAAAAUAAAUGCUGCUUUUCACCUCA